AUGUACUUCUUAACUACGACUUUAAUUGCCUAUGAACAAGAUGGUGAAAAGUACUUGACGCAAAUAGCCAUUUACACUCAAAUUCCAGUCUGUACAGACCCUUCCUGCAAGGAUGCACAGUUCUUAAAACGAACACUUCUUCAAAUCACCUUCAACGGUAUCCAGCAACUGUAUACUACGUUUCCUAAUAUAUGGCAUUAUGCUUUGCUAAGUAAAGGAAAGAAAGAAGAAUCAUUAAUAAGUGUGGAAGAAGUACCAAACUCUGAAUUUCGAAUCCAUUAUUACAUCUUGCCAUGGACGAGACGAUUGCGAGGCUAUCAAACGAUCACCGUUCAAAACGAAAUACGCGUGCCUUUAAUCAAAAGAUCGGAGAAAUGGAGAAUACUCGUAGAAUGUUAA